AUGCCCAUGGAUAUUGUCACGAACGAGGCUGAUGAGGGCAACAACGAGCGUUUAUUUGACUUUAUCAAAAUAAGACUGGAUAUUAUAGGAAACAAUGAACUCAAACACAAGCUAGCAACGAACUCAGCAUUUACAAAAACUCUCGUGGCAACGUUUAGCAAAUCUGUAAAGAACUUUGAGGAAAAUAAGACAAUACAGGAUUCCAGUUUAUUAGAAAUACUUUUUGACCUAGCAGUGAUACUCAACAUAUUUUGCCUUCAUAUUAGCGAAGUAGAUGAAUUAGGUGACAGUUCUGUAGCACCAGCCAUCAAAGAAAUAGAGAAUGCGAUAAGCCCAUUGAUAGAUUUACUUUUUUGUGGUAUAGAACAAGUUAAAUUGCUACUGGGGAAGAAACGGAGCUCAACUCAAGUGAACUUCAGAGAUCAUGCUAUUUUAGCUCGUAUUUGUUCAUUAAUGGAGUCUUCUUUAGAUACUCUUUUGAUCUUAUACAACUUGAGAAAUUACCCCCUUGAUGCAAAAGUUAUAUGGAGAUUUAUCACACUUAUCUUGAUUGAGACAGACCACAAUCAUAGCAACAACAGCAACAGCAACAAUGGAGACAACGAUAAUAUGAAUGGUAUUUCACCGCGGAUUGUCAUAAAAGCCUUGCAGUUGUUACCUUUGGCUUUAAAAGCCCAAGAGCAGUCAUCGGUGAAUAAGGAUGCCAAACUUGUAGUAUUGAUGGCUUUAAUCAGUAUUUUAAAUAUUGACUGUAUUGCCAUAAUUAAUACACAUUUGAAAAAGAGUCAAGCGAAUCAAUAUAGAGAGCGUGAAAAAGCCAUUUUUGAAGAAGAUUCACUACCUACUUUUGAAUUGAAUGCGACGGAAAUAGACACGCAAGUCUCGUUUGAACUAUUGCUUCAGGUUAUCACAGGGGUAGUUCAGAUCCUUCUGCAUUAUGAAUCGUCUGAUUACCUGCCAAUAGUUGCCAUAAAUUGGAGCAAUGACAGAAACGAGGCCAAUAUAGCGACAGAUAACACAAAGAAUGGCAUCGGCAACGGCUCCAGCAGCAGCAGCGCCAAUGGGAACUUGCAUACAAAUAAUAACAUCAUUUACAUUCAUCCUUACGUCUACCUCACUUUACUAAUGUUUCUCAGAAUAAACUCAAAUGCUGUAAAAUGGACUGUGUUGAACUUGUUGGUUAUGCUAUUGGAUAAGUGGAAAGACCUGAACUCUAUAUCCCCAAAUCAAGUUUUAAAAAACCAAAUAAAGAUACUUCCGAGUAUUAUUUCUAGUCUUGAGGUUAACCAUAUAGAAUCUGCUAAACUCAACGGGGUUGAUACGCAUCGACCAAGUAGUGCCGCGCUUAUUUUUCACAAAGGACAUACAAUGCCAAUAGGAUUAAAAUCCGCUACACGUAUUUUAGCAGAUUUAUCAGUAAGUAGUCUGAAAGUAUUAGACCGUCUUGUUGAAACAAAUGUGGAUCACAGAAUCAUCGACAAGUCAAUAUCUUCAUUUAAAAAAAGUCUGGUUUUAAAAAAUUUGAAGGAGUUGAAAAUGCAGUCCAAGCAUGGUCAGUUCUUGGUGAACUUUACAAACAUCCAAAAUGGUGUUCAUGAGCAAGAGUUAGCUGACUCGUUAUUGUUAUUGAGUGUUAUCACGAGUGAUCGCGAAGAUUGCCGCCAUAAAAUCUUUAGCUACCUGCAAUUUCAUGCUCACGAUUUACCUGAGACCAUCUUUGAAAUAUUUGAUACGUUUCAUUUUCUUUGCCAGCAAUUGCACUUGACAUAUUUACUUCUGAAGUCUUUGACUAAAAACUCUUCAUCAAAUCGUGUGCUUCCAGAGAGGGAUUUAACAUGGCUUGGAAAAAACUUUGGUGCCAUUUGUGCUCUUAUGUGCUCGCCCAUUUACACCAAUUGUCUUUACUUUCUCAGAUCAAUUUCAAGAUCCGUUUCCACUAUGCGCACCUUUUUUGUUGAAUGCAAUGCUUUUCAAAGUUUCAUUUUAUCGGAACCAGAGAGCAAGGUACCGAUCAGUUCAGAAGUCUUACUAAUUACGGGUCACAUUGAUGAAAAUCUGCAGUUUCAAUCAGACUCGUUGGUGCUGAAAACCAAUGUGAAAAUGGCUGCAGGUGGAUUUGUUACAGAUUUACUUGAGGUUGUUCAUCUUUUUGAGAAUAUAGAUCUGGAACUACAAAUGCUCUUUAAUAUCAACAACAACAACAAUAAUAAUAAUAAUAAUAAUAAUAAUAAUAACAACAACAACAGCAGCAGCAGCAGCAGCAGUGGCGACAGCGACAGCGUUGGUGGUAAUAAUGACAAACAUUAUAUUAGUUCGAAACAAACUAAGCAGCGCAUGGUUGAGGACAAAGUGUUGUGUAUUGGGUUGCUUGCCAACCUAAUUUUAGAUUUCAGUUCUUUUAGAUACAAGAUUGUUGGUUACGAAAAUUUUUUGUCAAGCUUGGCAACAAUAUACCUGAACUCUUCAUACUAUACAGAGCAAAGUUUUCAAAGGUGGCCAGCUGAAGAAAUUAGUCAGAAUAAUGUGGUCCAACUCAAAGUAUUACAAGUGAUCAAGAAUUUCAUGUUCAAUGAAGCUGCCGAAAAUAAGAAAGAAGCCAUCAGUUAUCUUCCGCUAAGCUCCAUUUUUGAGAAAGCAUCUUUUGGAUUAUCGAGUGAUGAUCUUGAAGAUACUGCAUCUGAAAUCCAGUAUCUUCGAAUACAACAAAAGAUUGUUGCGUUUGAGAUAUUGCGUAACUUUACCGGUGGCUCGCCUCCCUUGUGUGAAAUAUUAAAGAAAUCAUUCGCCACGGAGUAUACCAUAAAUCAACAGCAAUUAAGCGAAAACACUAAUAGCACGAAUUUUGCUUCACAUCAUCAGUCGUUGCUUGGUUGGAAUGAAUUUGUUUAUGCAAGUCUUGUCAAUGUUCGUGGAUUCUUGCCAUCCUCAAAAGAUAUGGCCGAUUGGUUUGAUGAUUCGAUUCUUUCGGAGUUACUACUCAAUGACGAUUAUGUCAAGUAUAUUAAUGCCAUAAAUUUUACCGAGGAUCAUUUGUUCACUAAUGUUGAAAAUUUUGAGAAGGAGCUAUUUCCUAGUGAUGACAUUUUGAGAGUAUGGUUACGAUUCCUCAGAUUCAAGUUACCAAAACAACCUGCUGAGCAAAUAUUCAAAGGCAAUGAUGGCAAUAAGGGUAGUAACAAUAAAGUUGAUGUUAAGUUAUUGCGCAUGGCUAAUAACCUCAAUUCUAUCAAACUAUCUAUUGGUUGGAUUCUUGGUAAUCUCACUUGGAAAUCUUCCGUUGGGUACUAUGAUCCAAAUGAUUAUGAUAUAUACGAAGUUUAUCAGACUGUAGAUCAGUCGAUUGCAAAUAAGAGAAACGGAUUCAACCCUACUCGUCAGCGACUUUUAGAGAGAAGAAAUCUGGAAUUUCAUAAAUCUAAAGAAGCUGCGGCCUCUGCUGUUGCUGCUGUGGACGAAAUGACCGUAUUUGACAGAGCUCAGUACCUUCACGACUAUGGAUUUACGCAUGCAAUAACUGAUAUAUUACAUAACUUUACUGAACAACGUUUACUGAAAUUUAACAAGAAUGGUCUCUCUCAUAAUAUGAUGGAAAUUGUGCUGGAAAAUGAAGCAUUUGAAAAGCUAAGGACGGCUUUCCUCCAGAUAAGCUAUUUGUUGAAGUUAGAUACGCAUAAGAAUGAUACAAGUAUCAAAAAGUUUGAAAAUAAUGCGAUGAAACUACAUCUAAAUCCGGAUAAUUUGAACAAUGGAAUUGGAGGUGUUGGCAGUGGUGGAGGUACUGGCGGUGUUGGAAACGGUAGAGAGAAAGAGGUUACUGAAGAAGACGAGUCGCGUUACGAGCGGUCGCGCAGAAGGGAAGCCAUAAACUCAGAGGAUGAAGGGGAUAAUGAUAGCAUGCUUCUUGAUCAAGAAGAGGAAGCUGAAGAAGAAGAUGAUGAUGAUGAUGUCGAUGAGGUUGAUGAUAUUGAAGAAGAUCCUGAAGUAGAUGAAGAAGAGGCUUUUGUUGAUGAAGGCGAGAAUACAGAUUCAGAUGACGAAAUUCCUCAUGAAUACUGGGUGAUGUAA